CAUGAGGUGCAAUAAAGAUUAAAUACGUUUUACAAAUUUUGGACGGUCCGGAUAGAUAGAUUUCAUCCCUUCUCCAGCGGUGCACGCCGUUGAUGGUCGAAGUCGAUUCGGCAUAAUAGUUAGGGUUUCAUUAGGGUUUCAAUAGAAAUAAAUUUUAGGCUCACACCAUAUUCGAAGCGGCGGAGGAAGGGCGGAAAGCGGAGGAAGAUGGUGAAGUUUCUGAAGCAGAAUAAGGUGGUCAUUCUAUUGCAGGGUAGAUUUGCUGGCCGUAAGGCUGUUAUUGUAAAAAAUUUCGAUGAUGGCACGGCCGGGCGAGCGUACGGGCAUUGCCUCGUAGCAGGCAUUGCCAAAUAUCCUAAAAAGGUGAUUAGGAAGGAUUCUGCGAAGAAAACGGCCAAAAAAUCAAGGUUGAAGGCCUUCAUUAAAGUAGUUAAUUACAAUCACCUGAUGCCAACCAGAUACACAUUGGAUGUGGAUUUAAAGGCCCUAGUUACCUUUGACAAGUUGGAAACAAAUGACAAGAAGGUGACCGCUCUCAAGGGAGUAAAAGAUUCCUUCCAAGAAAGAUUCAAGACAGGAAAGAACAGAUGGUUUUUUACAAAGCUACGCUUUUGAAAUUCUCUUUCUUUUCUGUAGUUAUAGGUACUGCAACAGUUUUGUUAGGAGAACUUUCUUGGUGGGAUGGUAGUUGCACGUAAUUUUUACAUUUGAUUAGAAGUUUUAAAUGGAAACAUGAACUAAAUUUUUUGAAGUCUGCAACUUAAAGGAGAGUGUUGUUUAUUGUUUACACAUUCAAAACUUAUGCAUGAUUGUUUCGAAACGUAUCUUUGGGUUAAUCUUUUGAUUGGCCUGCAUUUUA